CUGACGGAAUGGCAUCACAGAUGUAUACAUUUAUUAGAAUUGCAUUAGAGUAUUUAAGGAGAAGGAUUACGAAUUUAUUUAUAAAACCAGAGCCAUUUAAUUAUAAUAAACUACAGACAAUCCAUUGAGAUUAGACAGGCCAAAGGUUACAAUACAAAGAGGAAGGAAAGCUAAUGUGUAAAUAAGAACAAAAGGAAAUUUCGUUGAUCCUUUGUCGAGAGCAGCUACUCAAAAAGCUUAAACAAAUCCAUUAAGCAGACCACAAACUGUGGAUCCAUUGGCUAGACCUUCAGCUUAGCCAACUCAAAAAAUAGAAUAGUCAUAGCCACAAGCCUAGGCAAGAAGUGUUGAACCAAAUAAGCCCUAAUAGUAAUAAUAAUAGUAGGAAGGCAAACUUGAAAUUGAUGCAGAAGAGAAAUAAUUAAAAGCUACAGGAGAAUUUUCAAUUUAUUGGUCAGAAAUAAGAGAUGACUUCUAAAACAUAUUUCAAAUUAAAACGUAUGAUUUAGAGCAACCAGUACCAAAUGUAUAAACAAAUUAUAUGCUAGCCUUUUGGAUCCAAUGUUCAAACUAUGAAUUAAUUUGAUGGGUAAGCGAAAUCCGCAUAUAGUGGAGACAGCAAAAUUGAAUAUUAGACACAGGCUCCAAAGCAAGGGACAUCAAAAAUGAUCUAAUAAAAAACCUACAUUCAAAAAGUCUUGGAUAUUAGAAGAGAUUUGAAGAGACAAUGGAUUAACGGAGACAAAGUGGCAUCCUUAUAAUUAGCAAUCUAAUCUUGCAAAUUACUAAUUGAUAAUGAUAAGCCUCUGUUUGCUCCAGUCAAAUAUGUUUACAUUAUUGACAUUUUGGAAACCUUUGGCAAAUUCGUAAUUGAGAGAUUGUUAAAAUUAAGUUAUCCACAGUAUACAGAUCAAAAGAUUGCUGAAAUCAGUUUGUAAAGUGUGGUUGGAUCAAACAUCUCUGAAACAGCUUCAGAAAUAGGAAGAAAUUGGAUAAAUAAAAUAGGAUCUAUAAGAGAAUUAUUACCUCGAUUGUAUAUAGAAGCCACUCUGUUGAAAGUUUACUAUUUUAUUGAUUAAACCUAAAUUAAACCAAUAUUCCAAAGACUCAUUAAGUAAGUAAGGGCAAUUGGUGAUUAUAUUAAUGUAUUUAGAUGUUUUAUUCAAUUAGGCUUUGUAUUUUGCACUUUAUCUAUUUAGAAUAGGAGCAGAAUUAUUCUCAGGUGAGAAGGAUUAUCUCAUAUCCACAUUAAAAGAUUUCUUUAUCUAUAUGAAUCAAAAAAAUAAAUUUGGUAAAUUAGACGUAUAAGGAGACUAAUAUCUAAGAUUGUUUGAACCAUAUUUAAUAUAGACAUUCAGACAAUAUUCAUAGAAUUGUACCGAAGUAACUUAUUUAAUUAAAUUGAAUUUAGAGAGAAUUCAAGGAUAUUUUUGAACAUUUUCGAUAGAGUACUUAAAAUCAUUUUGUUUUGAAAAAAAUGAUUGAAUAAUUUUAGGCUGUUCAUAUUAGUACACUAGCAUUAGAGUUAUUUUCAAUAAUGCAAGCUUACCCUGUGGAUAAUAAAUAUUAAUUAUAUGCUUGUUUUUUACCUAAAAUAGCUAAGGGAUUAACUAAUGUAGCUGCUGGUGCUGAGAUAUGUGAAUAUGUUUUAUAGGACAUCUUAUAAAUAAAGUCAUUUUCCCUCUUUUUAGAGAUCUUGGCAUCAUUAAUUGAAUUGAUUUUUAGAUCCUUUUAGGGAUAUCAGAAAAAUUAAUUCUUUUUCUUGAUUUUACAAAGAUUCAAUGAUUUAUUUAGUAUGGUUGAAAAGGAUCAAGUAAAUACCAAUCAAAGUAAGGAUACUUUUAUUAAAUUGCAUUAAUUUAUUAUUAAAAUAUUUUAAGAUUCUUAAGAUAUUUCAGAAAUACUUUAAAUUGACACAUUUAUUACUUGUAUCUAAUUUUUCCCUGAGGACAUGAAGAAGCUAGUGUGUAAUGAUUUGCUUUCGAUGAUAAUAAAUAGGGAUUAAAAGGAAAAAAUAACUGAUCCUAUGGCAGUACAUUCAAUUGUAAAGUUGACAGCAAAUUUGAAUAAUAAGAAGUCAAUCACCAAGGAUGAAUAAAAAGGAUUGGCAAAAAUAAUUAAUUAAUUAUUGUAAAAGAUUGAUUUUGGUAAAGAUUUAGAAUAAACAUUGAAUCUAUACGCUGAAAUGAGAGGUUAAUUUGGAAAUAUAAGUGGACUAUCUGAAAUUUUGAUAGAUAGAGCUUUAGAUUUAAUUUUUAGAGGUAAGCGAUUAUCUAAAGGAAAAAAUCAAAAGAAAAUAAUUUCAUUUUAUUAAGCUUGUAUAGCUUAUAGUUUUAUCACUAUUCCCACAAUAGAUAAUCCAAUAUCAAGACUCAGAAAAUACAUUCAAGUGGCUCAAGUUGGUUUAUCGUUGAACUUGUUAUCUCAAAGUGAAGCAGUCAUUAAAACUACUAUUGAAAAUCUACUUGAAUUACCUGAAACAUUUAAUGGCCGACCAAUCGAUGAAAUCGUUGUGCCAUACAUUUUGGAUUUAAUUUCCUUCAUUAUUGUUGUCCCUGACGACCCUUCUGCUGGCUACUUGAACAUUUUCCAAGGUUUAUUGAAAGCACUUGAGUAACUCAAAUGGAAUCCAAAGAAUGGAGGAAUUCACUCAAUUGUAAUCUAUGUUAAUUGCAUUCAAUACUUGUGCGCUUAAGUUUAAGAAAGAUUGCCUUAUCAUUUUGAGAAUGUUAAAUCAAAUGAUGCUUUGUUCAAUAAGGACUCUUAAUUUAGUUUGACCAUAUUGGAAUUAGUGCAAUAAUUGUAUGUUAAAUUGGGGGAGCAAGCUUAAGCAAUACUAAAAUCAAACAUUACUGAUUCAAUAGUAAGAUUAUGUUUUAUAUAAAAAGGAAAAUGGUUUGAUUGUAAAACAGAUGUUAAGUUGCUUGAAUAGAUUGCUAUUGUUAUUAAAGUUUAAUAAGGAAGCAGAAACCACAUUUGCCAUAAUGGUUGAUUUAAUACAUAAAAAAAUAAAUGAAUUAAACCGAGAUAGAACUGGAAAGGUGUAAUUGACCAUAUUAAAAGCAUAUUUCCUGUAAACUUUUAUUAACAUUGAGAAGUCGACUACAGUAAUCAAUUAUUAAUAAUUUUAGUUUAAUUUUGAGGAGAAAAAGAAUUAAAUGGUAAACAUAUUAGAAAGUGCAAAAAAUUGA